AUGAAGCCUCUGAUCCUUCAACGUCUUAGGGCCGAUCUCAACAUGUCUUCUACAGAAUCCGACGCUUCGGCGUCGGAAACAGCUUCAAUUACCGGUUCUAUAGUUAGCUCCUUACUAUCUUCCGCCUUCUCUACCCCGGGACCUACGACAUCAUCAUUAGGGCCUACAAUGACAACUUCAGGUCCUGUGGCCAUUCAGACCAGUGCUGCAGACAAGGACAAGGGAAUCGGCAUUGUCAGUUUCUUGACAGCCGUGGGUGUCGCUGUCGCCAUCUUCGCUGUGCAAAUCUUCCUUUUCCUUGUUCUACGGAACAAGCUAGCCCGCAUCUUCAAACCGAAAACCUAUCUCGUACCCGAACGCGAACGAACCGAAUCGCCCCCGAAUAAGCCGCUUGCGAUGCUAAAGACCUUGUGGCACUACGGAGACCGCGAAGUCAUCGAAAAGUGCGGUCUCGAUGCCUACUUCUUCCUCCGCUACCUCAAGACUCUUCUCAUCAUCUUCCUGCCCAUAGGAGCUGUUGUCAUGCCUAUUUUGAUCCCCUUGAACUAUGUGGGCGGCCUUGGUCAAAAGGUCGAUGUGACAGAUGAUGACGACGAAAAUGAUGGAACGCCAACAGGUCUCGAUACACUGUCGUGGGGCAACGUCGCCCCCAAGAACUCAGGUCGAUACGGAGCCCAUCUCCUUAUGGCUAUCCUGGUCGUUAUCUGGGUGUGCACGGUGUUCUUCUUCGAGCUUCGGGUAUACAUCAAGGUUCGACAGGAUUGGCUUACAAGCGCCGAGCACCGCCUGAGAGCCUCUGCUACCACCGUUCUUGUUAAUUCCAUUCCUUCCAAAUGGCUCAGCGAAGAGGCCUUGAUGGGUCUCUUUGAUGUUUUCCCCGGAGGCAUCAGAAAUAUCUGGCUAAACCGGGAUUUGUCGACACUACUGGAAAAGGUCAAGGAACGAAACAAUAUUCACCUCCAACUUGAGCAAGCUCAGACAGAUCUCAUCAAAGACGCCAAAAAGGCACAGCUCAAGCAACAAAAAGCCGAAGAAAAGAAACGACGAAAAGAGUUAAAGCUUAAAGCUAUGACGAAGCAGGAAAGGGCUGAUAAGAAUGCCCGCGAAGACGCAGAGGCUCAGCGACGUGCACAAGACGGUCCGGGUACUGCUGCUGGCGAUCAACACAACGUCCCUCAUAGCGUUGAUGCUGGUGUCCGUGAGUCUCAACAUGAGGCCUUUAACCGUGAUUCAGAGGACCUUCACGGGCAUGACUACAAGAAGAAGGGGUUCAAAGUACCCCUUAUCGGCGAUCCAUUCGCCAAGGUUGGACAAGGUAUUCUGGGUGUUGUUUCAAAAGCUGGCAACAAUGUGGAAGACACAAUAGAGACGACGAACGGCUUCAUGGGAUUGUCACAAACUACACACUCCAGGAAUGCGUCUCGAACCUCGAACCGAGGCCCUGAACGACCUUCAGUGGAAGACGAUCACUCUCCAACAGAUACCCUUCGCGUUCAAAACCAGUCGCAAAAUAGCAUGCGACGUUCCGGUGAAAGCACAGCUGCUAUCAACCCCAAAUCGAAUCGCGAGCCUCGUGGAAACGCUGGCAACACAGUUCGAAAAAUCGAAGACAUUGAUGAAAUCUACAGCAAACACGACGCUGAGUGGUGGCAGUUCUGGAAGCCACCCCCUGGUGCUUAUGCCUCGCCAGUCCCCCAGGGAGAUGUAUCAGAGGCAUUCAAGCAGAAAAAGACAAACGAAAGCAGGCCUCUUUGGAAGAGAAUCAAAUACGCUCUCCCUUUCGUGGGCCCAGAAAUCGAAGCCGAACCCUUUGAUUAUCCUGCAGCCCACAACGCCGAGUACGACGAAGCUGCGGAACCUGCAGAGUGGGAGAAAUAUCUUAAGAAGAAAGAUCGCCCAACUCACCGUCUUCCCCUGUUUGGAAAGUCGUGGCUGUUUCCGAUUCCGUUUGUUACGCAAAAGGUCGAUACAAUUUACUGGUGUCGUGAACAACUGGCUCGUCUCAAUUUGGAGAUUGAUAUGGAUCAGCAACAUCCCGAACGAUUCCCUCUCAUGAACUCGGCCUUUAUCCAAUUCAAUCAUCAAGUUUCAGCUCAUAUGGCUUGCCAGAGUGUUAUUCAUCACGUACCUAGGCAGAUGGCCCCGCGAAUGAACGAAAUUUCACCCAAGGAUGUUGAUUGGGAUAACAUGGCGUUCAGCUGGUGGCAAGAGUGGCUGCGCUCAGGAUUCGUCUUUGCCGUUGUUAUCGGCAUGAUCUUUCUCUGGGCUAUUCCUGUGGCUUGGACAGCUGCGCUAAGCCAACUCGAUAACCUUAUUAGAUCAAACGAGUGGUUGUCUUUCCUAAAAGACAAUGACGCGGUCCACAAUAUCGCCAAAGCCGUUGCUGGUGUUUUGCCAGCAGUCGUCCUCGGUCUGCUGCUGGUGCUUAUCCCAAUCUUUUUGGACUUCCUCGCUGGCUUUAGAGGUGCCAAGACGGGUGCCCAGAGAGUUGAGUUUGUGCAAAUUUUCUACUUUGCCUUUUUGUUCAUUCAAGUCUUCCUCAUUGUCUCUAUCGCUUCGUUCUUUGCGGCGUCCCUUGACGAAUUGGUUCACAAUGUCCAGGAGCUAAAAACGGUUGAAGAUGUGCUUAAUCUGCUGGCACUCAAUUUGCCGAGUGCAGCCAAUUACUUCUUCUCAUACAUGAUUCUGCAAGCCAUGUCAACAAGCUCCGCCACCUUACUUCAACUUGGCGCUCUGGUAAUGUGGUACGUUAUUGCCAGAAUUCUUGACAGCACUGCACGAAGCAAGUGGUCGCGAAACACCAACCUCCGCCAAGUCAAAUGGGGCGCAUUCUUCCCCAUUUAUACCAACUUCGCCUGUAUCGGUCUUGUCUACUGCGUUAUCGCUCCGCUGAUUGCCCUAUUUGCAAUCAUCACCUUUGCACUCUUGUGGUUUGCUCAACGCUAUGCCAUGCUCUACGUUACCCGAUUUGAGCACGAUACCGGAGGCGUACUAUACCCCCGAGCCAUCAACCAAACCUUUACCGGAAUUUACUUCAUGGAGCUCUGCAUGGCUGGUCUCUUCUUCCUUGUCCGAGAUGAAAAUAAAGAAAAAGCCUGCACAGCUCACGGCGUCGUCAUGAUUGUUGUUCUUAUCCUUACCAUCCUGUACCAGGUUCUCCUCAACUAUUCCUUUGGACCCCUUUUCCGCUAUUUGCCUAUCACUUUUGAAGAUGAGGCAGUGCUUCGUGACCAAGCUUUCCAAAGAGCUCAAGACCAACGACUAGGCCUUCUGGAUGACGAUGACUUGGCUGAAGAGCAAGAAGAGCCCGGGAAGCCAAACGAGAAGGAUGUAACCGAGAAAGGCAUCGAAAUGCGAAGGUUAGCUUCGGUCCGCCGCCCAAUGAAGCAUGUUAGCACGUGGGCCAAGGACGGAGGCACCCAGAUCGCAAAGAUCACUGGCGUAAAGCAUGCUAGGGAUAAGAAUAAAAGGGCCUCGGAGUACAGGAAAAAGCACCGGCAAAAGGAUGUGGAGGCCCAGCUUGCAAUUGGAGAGGCUCUUUUUGGGGGUAUCCAUGACGAAAUCGAGGACCUUACGCCCGAGGAAAGGGAUGCCCUGGUUAGGCACGCAUUUCAACACGAGGCUUUGCGGGCCCGUCGGCCAACGGUCUGGAUACCUCACGACGAUUUGGGCGUCAGCGAAGACGAAAUUCGGCGUACUCAGGCUUAUAGUGAGCAUAUUUGGAUCAGUAACGAAGGCACUGCUCUCGAUAGCAAAGUACGGGUUGUGUAUGGUCGGGCACCUCCUGACUUUUCAGAGGUUGAUCUUAUUAACCUAUAG